UGACGAUGUUUAAAACCCAGUGACGACAGCACCGACACAAAACACUGUUCACAAACAAGUCCUGAAGCUCAAUACUGUGCAUGGGAACAGAACACUGAAAUGUAAGUGUUCGGAUACAACUUUUCAACAAAAUACCCACUCUCAUCUUUUCAGAGCUUUACUGUGACCCGUAGUCUGGGAGAAAAGCCGUUGUGACAAUGAUCAGAAAAGUCCUUGCCCUGCUUGGAGCCGGCAACGAGGAUGCUGUAAAUGUCAAUGAUAUUGAGGACAACGAAAGCUGUGAAGACCUGAUCGAAUUUGAAGAGGGAGACUGGGUCAUAAUCAACGUUCAUGAGGGGAAUGCCUUGGCCCCGCCCGAGGUGGACCCCCUGGAAAAUCUGCUCAUCGAACAUCCCAGUAUGUCCGUGUACCAACUGAGCAGCCAGAGAAGCGAGGAUGAUGACCUUGGGUCUGAUGAAGAGAGAGAGGAAGACGAGGAUUCUGCCAGGCCUGUGCCGGUUGGGCGUUCCAUCCCCUGCAGGGGCAGCAUUCUACAGCACGCCGACCACUUCCGCGCAGUCCAGAGAGCCAGGGUGCAUGUGGAGCGCAGGUCGCUGACCCACACUGCCCUCUGCAGGCAGAACCUCGCCAAGACACGCUUCUGCCCCUCCGUGAAACGAUACGGCUUCUACAAGCAGCCCUGCCAGCGUUUUUAUAACUACUGAUUCCCUUCUGUCCUCCCAACCACUUGAGCUAGCCUUCUGAGUGCCUCUGGAUAUGGAUAUGGAUAUUGAUAGUCAACCUGUGAUUUACCACGCUUUUUUUUAGCCUCAGUGCGCUAAUGAUGGCACAGGGCCACCAUUCAUACUUCAAGGAAACAGAACAGGGCAAAAUUAAAUGUGUAUGUCUCAAACUUUGAGUACACACACAUAAAAAUGG